UCCCCCCCCCCCAGGGCGAAACAGGAUUCUGUCCACGUUGAUCAAGGCUCCCAAAACAGUCAAGCGUACUGUGGCAAGGCCCCACUGACCUUCAAUCGCCCGUCCCCUUGGUCACUCUCAACCUCAUGCAGCAUCCUUUAUUGAAGUUUGCCUUUCCCACCUUUUGCCCUUUUUUCCUCACACCGGGAUUGAUUUCUGGCUGCCAUUCGUUGAUCAUCCUAUUUACUAUAUUCCUUUUUGUUUUCUUUUGUGAUACUAGCUUUAAUACUUGACGAUGGUGUGUAUAGGAGACUCGAGCGGUCAGAGAGAACAUUGCUAAUGUACUAACAGACUUCGAACGAAAAACAAUUUGUAUCCCCCAUCUCCCCGGCGGAGGUGGAGGCAUACUACCCCGACGACAAGAUUGUAAUGGUUAGCCAUGGACCGCCACCGUCAUUUGUGACACCAUCAACCGCGCCGUCGGAUACAUCGUCAAGUAUGCUGCCUAGUACGCAAGGAACUCAUUUAUCACAAAAAUACUACAACGAAACGAGGAGUUUCGAACCACCUACAUAUUCACAAGCACCGCUCCCAGAACGACCGAACCAACGACCAUUUUAUAAACGCCAUAUGCUGUGGCUGAUAGGAAUACUCCUUCUCAUAAUUAUUACAGCCGGCAUCGUAAUUGGGGUCCUAGUAGGAAGGUGGUCAGGCAAGAAGAGCGGUAGCGGAUCGGCGAAUGCUGAGAUAUUCAACAACACCAAAAGAAGUGUCGCCAGUUCCGGAUUGUUCCUGAAUGACAAGACAUGGAAUAUGCAAACCUACUGGCAGGAUCCCAACGGAGAUAUCAGAUAUCAAAUGAGUUUGGAUGGAAAGAAGUUCGAAACACCUAGAAAUACCAGUUUGAUGAUUAGACCAAAAGUUGGAUCCCCCCUUUCCGCCACAGCAGAGACCGAUCCUACAGGUGUUGUCUAUGUAAGUUGCUAAGGACGUCUGAUGAAAAAAACAACACUAGGCUGACAAAUGUGAUUAAUAGCUCAGCGUAUUUUAUCUUUCAGAGAGUAACAAGAUUACAAUGUGUGUCAUGGCUUGUGGAGCAGGAGCUUCCGUUUGUAGCACUUUCACCAAUACUAUUCUACCUACCGGAACCCCAGUAGCCAAGUACAGUGGGCUCGCGGCCGUCACUGUUAGCAAGGCGCAAGAUUGGAGGGUUUACUACCACGAUGAGAAUAACUUCAUAUGUCAAAUGGAAGGAAAGGCAUCGGGCUUUACCAAGGGUGAAAUCAUUGGGACCCAGGCAUUGAACAACUCGGCACUCGGAGCAGUAAAUGUCAACACAACAACAAACAACAUCGUUUUGUACUAUAUUGACCAAAAGAGUCAAAUCCUGCAUACACAGCAGUUCACCGAUGGCAAAUGGACAGUCGGUAGGCCAAUAUCCAAGCCAUUAGACUCAUUACGACUUCUAGCUAACAAGGUACAGGUUCACCUCUCUCAACAGCACGUGUAAAGUCAUGGAACCCUCUCUCGGGAAUUGGUGCCACCUACAGCUCGGGUCAUAACCAACUCCACGUCUAUUAUACCGGACUCGACAGUCUCAUCUACGAAUUCACUGGCUCGAACGCUUCAUCUACCAAGACGAACUAUUCCACUCAACCCUCCCCUCAAAGAGAAUGGUCAGCUUCUGACAUCGUUGGAGGAGCAGUCACGGCAGUAGGAUGGGAUUCAAACGUUCGAAUUUUCCACCAGUCGCAGGGAGUUUUGAUCGAAGGCGCUCAAACGAAUGGAACAUUCAGCCAGCUUACUGUAAACUUGACAUAAAGAGGAGGCCGCACGACAGGCAAUAUUGUAGGAAUCGCAAAUAAAUGGGAGCGAACAAAGAACAGCAAAUAUAGGAGUUGGCGCUGUGCGGUUGACUGGAGUUAUUAUUCCGUAUGUUACAUAUCACCCUAUGUCAAAUUAUUUACGGGCACGAAAUUCAACACUUAUUAGACGAGCCUAAAUUAAUCAUUUCUUUUUCUCAAUCCUUCUUUGAGAUCCUGGAAUCCGGCGUUUCAUUUUACAUCUUUCUGUUCAUUGUUGAUUGAUCUCACGUUGAUACUACCCCAGCCCUUGAAGUUAGCGAUUCUAACCGUAUCUUAGUAGCGAACAGACUUAAGUCUAAGUUGAAAACACGGCUACUACAAACCCAUGGCUUGUUUGUUUCACCGAAUGGUUUCUGAUAAUGGGGUAAGAUUGACAACUUCCUCUUCAGGACUUAAAAGAUACAACUGGAGGAAGACGGAACGUUACCUUGCUCUAAUUACAUUUCAUGUCGCUCCUUCCUGUUGUGCUUUUCUAUUGUCUGGUAUUGCGAAGUUCUUUCUGGUGGACGCGUUGAAUGGUUUCAUACUAGAGCUUACCAGGGC